UUGUUAUUCAUUUUGCUACCUAUUUUGUUUCUCAGAACUUAGAAAAAAAAGAAAAAAAGAAAAAAAGAAAAAAAGAAAAAAAAAUGCAAUUUGUUGUUGCCAUCGUUAGCUCUUUUGUAGCCACCAUCGUUAGCUCUUUUGUAGCCGCCAUCGUUGGCUCUUUUGUCGCCACGGCUGCAGAAUACACGAUCUCUCACAUCAAAAACCAUAUCAAAUACCUUUCCAAUCAUGAGAACCAGAUUCAGACCCUCAAGAAUCAAGCUGAGAGCCUGAAGGAUGCAAGAGAAAGAGUGCAGCACUCGGUUGAUGCUGCUAAACGAAACGGGGAGGAGAUCUAUCAUGAUGUGGACAACUGGUUGACUACAGUCGACAAGAUCGCUGAAGAAGUAAAGAAAGUAUUGCAAGAUGAAGAAAAAGCAAAGAAAAAGUGUUUCAUCGGCUUGUGUCCUAAUUUUUGGACUCGUUACAAGCUUAGCGUGAAAGCUGAAGAGAAGACGAAGGCUGUUGCUGAGCUACUUGAGCAGCGGGACAAAUUUGACAGGGUUUCUUUUCGUGCACCACUUAAAUGUUUCGAAGAAUUCAAGUCAAGGAUGUCGGUUUUGAAUGGAAUCAAGGAGGCACUGAAAGAUGAUAGUAUCUACGUUAUAGGGGUGCAUGGGAUGGGUGGCAUAGGAAAGACUACGCUAGUCAAAGAAAUUGCUAGACAGGUCAAGGAGGGCAAGUUAUUUGAUUCAGUGGCUAUAGCAACUGUAACUCAGACCCUUGAUGUUAAGGGAAUUCAAGACCAAAUUGCAGAUUUAUUGGGUUUAAGAUUUGAGGAACCGAGUAUGGAAGGAAGGGCACGUCGACUGCGAGACAGCUUGAAAAAAGAGAAGAAGAUUCUUGUUGUUUUGGAUGAUAUAUGGGAAAGGUUAGAUCUUGAAGAAGUUGGGAUUCCUUUUGGAAAUGAACAUGAGGGAUGCAAGAUUCUGCUAACUUCUAGAGAUUUCAAUGUCUUAUCAAGUGGGAUGGAUACUCAGGCAAAUUUUGCAGUUGGCCUUUUAAAUGAAGAAGAAGCCUGGGACCUGUUUAAAAAGAUGGCGGGUGACUGUGUUGAAAGAAAUGAUUUGCGGACCACAGCUAUUGAAGUAGCAAAUAAAUGUGCGAGGCUGCCAAUCGCCAUUGCAACAGUUGCAAGGGCUUUGAGAAACAAAGAUUUGUUUGAAUGGAAGAAUGCUUUGCGUGAACUAAAGAGGCCUUCAUCAAGAAACUUUAAAGGGGUAACAGCGGACGUAUAUUCGGCAAUAAAGUUGAGUUACAAUUAUUUAGAAAGUGAGGAAGUUAAGUUGACUUUCUUGCUUUGCAGUUUCUUAGGCCAUAAUGGGUUGAUUCAAGACUUGUUGAAAUAUAUAAUCGGUCUGGGUUUGUUUCAUGGCGUUCGCACAAUAGAGGAAGCAAGAGACAGUGUAUUGACAGUGGUGAGUAAACUGAAAGCCUCUUGUCUGUUGCUUGAUAGUUACAACAAUGAACGGUUUGAUAUCCAUGACGUUGUUUGGUAUGUUGCUACAUCAAUUGCCAGAAGCGACCGCUGCAUGUUUGCGCUAAUAAAUGAUGAUGUGCUGAAUGUGUGGCCUGAAAACGAGGCGAUGAGAAAUUGCAGUUGGAUUAAUUUACUUUAUCCUGAUAUUAGUGAGCUCGGUGAGCUUCCUGAGGAGAUGGAAUGUUCACUUCUUUCCUUUUUCCAUAUGGCUCACGAAGGUUCAGUGGAAAUUCCAGCCAACUUCUUUAGACGAACAGAAAGACUCAAAGUCUUAGAUUUGACUGGAAUGCACUUUCCAUCCCUACCCCUGUCAAUUGAACUCCUCACACACCUUCACACGUUGUGUCUAAGCCAAUGUGCACUAGAAGACAUUGCCAUCGUUGGGAAGCUCAAGAAUUUAAAAAUCCUGAGCCUUGCUCGAUCAGACAUUGAAGUACUACCUCAGGAGAUAGCACAAUUGACUCAGUUAAGGAUGCUAGAUUUGAGUCAUUGUACUAGACUCAAAAUCAUCCCACCAAAUGUCUUGUCGAGUUUGUCCAAAUUAGAAGAAUUAUAUUUGGAGAAUAGCUUUGCUCAAUGGGAAGAUGAAGUACUCGGCAAAGACAGGAGAAAUGCUAGUCUUGGGGAGUUAAAUCAUUUGUCUCAUCUGACCACAUUUUAUGCUCUUAUUCCUAAUGCCCAAGUAAUUCCAAAACAUAUGUUCAUUCGGGCAUUGGACAGAUACGGGAUUCUCAUUGGAGAUGAGUGGGAAAGGUACAAUGACUAUGAAUACUCAAGAACAUUGAAAUUCAAGUUGUAUACAAGCAUUCACAGGGAUCAUGGGGUAAAAAUAUUGAUGAACAAGACUGAGGAUUUACAUCUGGAUCAACUUAAAGGCAUCAAGAAUGUACUUGCUGAGUUAAAUAAUGGGGAAGAUUUUCCAGAUUUAAAGAAACUUCACAUCCAAAAUGGUCGGGAGGUCCAAUAUAUCGCAACAGAGAAAAUUAAGCUUUCUCGAUUGCAGUCCAUGACACUUGAAGGUCUGCCACAGCUCAUUAACUUCUGCUCUCAAGACAAAAGGUGUUCCACAUCCCAGCCGGAGCAGGGAAACACGAGCUCUGAGCCCUUGCCACUUUUCAAUACGCAGGUAUUAAUUUGUUUUGUGGAUUAUUCCAUAUUCCAACUUUGGCUUUUAUGGAUUAGACAAAAAAAAAAAAAAACUUUAGCUUUUGUGCAUAUUUUCUUUGUGUUCUCUCACUUGGAAAGCGUGCGAUUGUCCUCAAUUAACGCCAAAAGAAUAUGGCACAGCCAGCUUUCAGAGACAUGUUAUGGCGUUCCGAAUUUAAAGAGCUUGAUCAUUGAGGGCUGUGACAACUUGGAAUAUCUAUUAUCGCCCUCUAUUGCUAGAAGUCUGGUGCAGCUCAAACACUUUAAGAUAGAGAAAUGCAUGUGCUUAAGAGAUGUAAUAUCUACAGAGGAAAUAGAAGAAGAAAAGGAAGCUGUGAUUUGUUUCCCUCGAUUAGACUCCCUGGAGAUACAGAAUCUUCAUAAUCUCAUCAAAUUCUGCUCAGGAAAUUACAAUAUUGAGUUCCCAGACUUGAAAGUGCUGACAAUCGAGCAUUGCCCAAAAUUAAGAGAAUUUAUUUAUGAAAAUAAAACGGAGGGGAACUAUCAGUCUAGUACACAAGCUCUCUUCGAUGAGAAGGCUGCAGUUCCUAGCUUGAAAAGCAUGACAAUCUCCCACUUGAGAAAUGUGAAGAAGAUAUUUCAUAACGAACUUCUAGCUGGUUCCUUCUGUAAAUUAGAAGAAAUGGCAGUUGAAAACUGUGAUGAGUUAUUGACUGUUUUUUCAUCUACUAUAGUCGGAGUAUUUAGCUGUCUGGAAAAGCUUAAGGUGCAAAACUGUGGUUCACUACAACAGAUAUUUGAGGUUGGAGGGUUAAAUAUCAAAGAAACACACGCUGUACAUUGCCAACUAAGAGAAUUGUACAUUUUUCAGCUACCAAAACUGAAGCACGUUUGGAACGAUCCCCUUGGAAUUCUUGCAUUUCAAAAUCUACGAAAAGUAGAUGUAUGGCUUUGUCCAAGUCUGAUAAAUCUAUUUCCAGCGUCAACAGCCAAAGAUCUUCCUCAACUUGAAAUUCUAACGGUGAGUUUUUGUGGGGUGGAGGAGAUUGUGUCGGCAGGGGAAGGAUUGGAGAACCCUCUUGGGUUUAAGUUUCCUCAAGUGUCUUACCUGAAGCUUACACACCUGAAUGACCUCAAAUGGUUUUGUCCAGGGCAACACACAACAGUUUGGCCGAUGUUGAAAAAGUUGGAGACAGAUUAUUCAACUUUACUUAAGAUAGUAGCUUCCGAACGUCUUAGCAUCCAAGAAUUGAAUGGGAAUGACCAACGAGAAUCUACAAUUCGACAGCCACUUUUCUUGGUUGAAGAGGGCAUUCCCAAAUUAGAGGAACUGCGGUUAAGAAAAAUUGAUGAUAUUGCAAUGGUAUGUAAUGGCCAGUUUCCAGCGGACUUCUCUCACCAGAUAAGACAUUUUGCGCUGCAUGCCUCCCGUAUUGGAUCUGCUAGCUUUCCAAUUAAUUUCUUCCAAAUAUUCUACAAUCUGGAAAUUCUUGAAUUUUGGAACUGCGACUUAAAAAAUCUAGUCUCUUGUGAAGGAGAUGUUGUUGAGAAGCCAGAUGGAGGGACACUCCUCUCUCGAAUUAGAAAGUUAAAAUUGAAUUAUUCUAGAAAUCUUACACAUAUAUGGAAGAAAGAUUCAGUGCUAGCCCACAUUCUUCCUAAUCUUGAAACUCUUGAAGUCAAGGGAUGUGAUGAUUUGAUAAGUUUUGGAUCCUCACCCUCCUCAGCAUCUUUUCAAAAUCUCACAACUUUGGAAGUGAAUUGGUGCAACAUGAUGAUAAACUUGGUUACACCUUCAGUAGCCCUGAAUCUGGUACAAUUAACGACAAUGAGGAUAACGGAUUGCAUUACAAUGACAGAAGUUGUUGCAAACGAGGGAUCAGAUGGAACAACAUAUAAUAGGAUAAUAUUUUUCAGCAAAUUGAAAUAUUUGGAACUCAGCCGUUUACAGAGCCUCGCAAGCUUUUGUCCAGGGAAUUACGCCUUCGAGUUUCCUUGUUUGGAAGAAUUAAUUGUGUGUGGGUGUCCUAACUUGAAGAUCUUUUCUCAGGGUGUUUUAAGCACCCCACGACUACGAAGAGUAAAAGAGUCGCGUUAUCAUCACAAAGGGCGUUGGACUAGUGACCUUAAUAUCACCAUACAACAGUUGUACUCAGAAAAGGUUGGAUACCAUGACAUAUAUCAUUUCAAAUUCUCAGACGCAUUUCCCGAGUUGAUGGAAAUAUGGAAUACCAACCCUCAAGAAAUUAUGGCCUUCAAAAACCUUGGAAGAGUGGAAUUUUGUAAUUGUAGCAGCUUGAAAUACAUAUUUACACUCGCUAUGGCUUUGAAUCUCAAGCAACUUUACCAUUUAGAAGUAAAAGAAUGCAGUACAAUGGAAGAAGUCAUCGUGGAGCAAGGCGUUGAGGAGGAACCAACGACAGAUAAGUUAACAAUAUUCCCCUCGCUUUGGAACAUAGAAAUUGAAUCAUGUCUCAACCUGACAAGUUUUUAUUUGGGAAGUUGAGCUCUUGAAUUUCCAUCGUUAAAACACAUUAGAAUAGCUGACUGUCCAAAAAUGACUACAUUUUCAAGAGAUAAGCAGGAAGGGACAACUAGCGAUGGAAAUGAAAAAAGGCUUGGUCAGGGGGACGUCUAUAUUACAGCAACCUUUUUCAGCCAUAAGGUUGUCUCUCCCAAAUUGAAGAGGUUGGAUUUGUCCUCAAUUAACAUUCAAAGGAUAUGGCACGAGCAACAACUCCCAUCCUCGUUAUAUAUUGAGAAAUUAGAAUUCUUGAGGGUGAAGAGCUGUCACAAUUUGAAAUAUCUGUUUCCAUCUUUCAUGGCAAAAGAUUUUGUGCAACUCAAAAGCCUUGAUAUUUGGGACUGUAAGAUCAUGGAAGAAGUAAUCUUCAUUGAAGGAUUGACAGAAGAAGAAAGGAUGAGCCAGACGUUAUUCCCUAAACUAGAUUUCCUGUGGCUCAAAGACCUUCCCGAACUCACAAGAUUCUGCUUUGAACCUUACUUUAAAUUCCCAUGCUUGAGAAUUUUAGUGCUAGCAAAUUGUCCUUUACUGA